AUGCGCGUUUCCCUGACAUUCUCGGAUAGUCCGUUUUCGUGCUAAGCUCUUCGCAGAAACCUCUGCGCGGGUGCCUCUGGAAAUUGUAGUCUCAAGUGGGAGUGAGUAGGCGGAUUCCGGAAGUUGUGUGCCUGAGAGCGCCUGUUGUGGGGUGGGGAGUAGGUAACGGUUCUCCCCAGGCCUUGGGCGGGGGGGUCCCUCCCCCGCAGGGCUUGUAGCCCGAGCCUGAGUAGGAUCGGGCAUCGGACGCCCGGGGUGGGUGUGUUUUCCCCGGCCAGCCAUGAAUGGGCAAGCAGACGUUGAGGUGGACUACAAGAAGAAAUACCGGAACCUGAAACGGAAGCUCAAAUUCCUGAUCUACGAGCAUGAGUGUUUUCAGGAGGAACUGAGGAAGGCGCAGAGAAAGCUGCUGAAAGUGUCCCGGGACAAGAGUUUCCUUUUGGAUCGUCUUCUGCAGUAUGAAAAUGUGGAUGAAGACUCUUCUGACUCAGAUGCCACUGCAUCCUCAGAGAACAGUGAGACAGAGGGCACACCCAAACUCACUGAGACACCAGCCCCCAAGAGGAAAAGAAGUCCCCCUCUGGGGGGUACCCCAUCCCCCUCUGGCCUUUCACUACCCCCAUCCUCGGGGUUUCCCCUGCAAGCCUCCGGGGGCCCCUCUCCGUACCUGACCUCGCUGGCCUCCCCCCCAUAUUCCCCCUUCCCCUCCGACUACCUGGCCCUGCAGCUGCCUGAGCCCAGCCCCCUGAGACCCAAGCGGGAGAAACGGCCCCGCCUGCCCCGGAAGCUCAAGAUGGCAGUGGGGCCAUCUGAGUGUCCAGUGGGGGGUUCACUGACCUUCCCAGGCCGGGGAGCUGGUGGUGCUGGGGUAGGGGCGACCCUGGCCCCACUAGGGCCUCCUAAGCUGCCCCCACAUACAAUCCUGAGCACCGUCCCUCGCCAGAUGUUCAGUGAUGCAGGGAGUGGAGAUGAUGCCCUGGACGGCGAUGAUGACCUCGUGAUUGACAUCCCCGAAUGACUACCUACCCUAGCCCCUUCCCUCCCUCCGGUUGCCAGGUGGCAAUGGCAACAGAAGCAACAAAGACAAAGAGCAGUGUGUUUUUGGAGACAUUUAUUGAUGCCCAGUCUUAUUGGUCUGGACAUUGACAAUCAGAAGAGGCGUAAACAUGCAGCACAGCGCCCCCAAAGAAGAGGCGGGGAGGCAGCCCCCAGCCCUGAAAGCGGGCACAUGCCGCAUUUGGAUUUGUAGCCAGUGGUGUGCAGGGAAGGCAGAUGGACUCUGGAGGUCAGCACAGGGCUUCCUUGCCCCCCUGCUGCCAUAUGCUUUGCCUUCCUCUCUCGCCCUGGAUGCAGCCAAAAGAAAAAGGAACAGCCAAGGGGGCCUCUGCCUCCCCUUCCUGAAGGCAAAGACCCCUGCACCAGCUACCAUUUUAAUGGGGCAGCCAGAUAGGGCUAGUUUGUUUUGUUUUUGUUUUUUACUGCAGACUUUUAUUAAAGGGGUUCUUGGUGGUUUUAUUUUUGUUUUCUGAAAUUCUCUCCCUCCCUAACCCCCUCCUAUUCCGGUUUACUCCCACUGCAGGGAGCUUUGCCGGGGCAGCUUGGAGAGGUGGAUGAGAGGAGAAAUGACCUGGUUGGGGGGAGGGAGCAGGGCAAUAAAUUCUCUCCCUCCCCUUGCA